CAAUUUCCGACAUAUCUAGUUAAUGUCAGUCAAGUACCGUAUUUUAAAUAUGCACACCAAUUUACCACCGUUAAGAAAAUAAAAAUAAAUCACCGGCUAAUAAAUUUCCAGGGUGUAAUUAAACUACGCAAACGCAAACAAAAAUAAACAUGGCAGACAAUUCUUCAAAAAUAAUCAACCCGUUGAAGUAUCACCCAUGCGAUACUCCACGUGGUUGUACUUAUUAUGACACAGAAUACCUCACCGACUAUCAGCAGAUCAACUUGAAUCAACUAAAAAUUGCGACGAUUAAGAGUGAUGAGCGUUAUUUACGUAUGCAUCCAGAGAUUCGCGGUUUCGUUGCGUUGAUUACACGCUUCAUCUUCAGGCAACAACCACGCCGUGACAUCCCAUACAUGAUAAAACAAUUUUUUGAUCGUCCACGCGUCGAUAUUGAACGAGAAUUGGAUGAGUACAUCAAAAUGCGACAACCAGUUGAACCAGAAUUUGCACACGGCGAAGAAGAAGAAGAAGAUUUUAUUACGGACGAUUAUGAAAAGUUUAUUGAAACAAUGGGAACUUCGCUAGAAGAACCAAGUCAAUCAGUACAAAAGUCAAUAGCCGAAAAAGAGAAAGACAAAGAUGAACCUUCCGAAUUCAUCAGAGACCUAUUGAUUACUCAAGUGCGCACUUUUCCAUCGUCUGAAGUAAUUCGCAAAGAGCCUGUUGUGAAGUCGGCCUCCGAUGCUAUACAACCAGCGUUAUCUUCAAAUGUGCUUUUAUCGCUAGAAAGUAGCAUGUUUAUGAAUAUUCACCCCUUACCUACACGCCGUAGCACAGCUAAAUCUCGUGUCUCAAUUAUAUCCUUUAAGGGUGAAGACGACAUCGAACGCAAACUGUCUGUUGACAUAAAAAAUAAAAAGAAAAUGCACCAAAUGUCAUUGGAGCAAGAGCGGAAAUCGGAUCCGAAAAAAGAGGGUAGUGUAAAAUUAAAUUUAAGUGCGAACGAAUACCAUCACCAUGUUGAAGAUGAAGUAGAGACAGAAGGUGAAAGAAAAAAAGAAGGUGAAGGUGAGGGUGCAGGAGAAGGUAAAGGUAAAAAUAAAGGCAAAGAUAAGGAUGAAGGUCCAGGAGAAGUAGUAGAAGGAAACGCAGCAGGAGAAGUAGAAGAGGGAAAAGCAGUAGGACAAGGUGAAGGCAAAGGGGAAACAAUAAAAGAAACAGUGGGUGAAGAUGAAGGAAAAGGAGAAGGAGAAAAAGAUGAGGAAAGCGAAGCUGAAAAAAAAGCUGUAGGAGAAAAAGAAAAAGGGGAAGAAGUAGACACAGAAAGAGAAAGAGAGGCAGAAAGAGAAGCAGAAAAGGAAAAAGAGAGAGAAGAUGAACCAGAAAAAAAUAAGGGGGGAGAAGGAGAAGCGGAAGAAGAAAAAAGGGGAGAUGAUGGAAGCGGAGGAGAAAACAAAGUUGAAGAAGGGUAAAUUAAUAUUUAAAAUUGAAACUAAAUAAUUUGUCUCAAGAAAUAGACUGAAACUGUCGAAAUAUGUAGAUUUUACCAAAUACUUACCUAUCUUAAUAUAUAUAAAUCUCAUGUCACAA